AUGGCUCCAGAAAAAAAGGACAAAAAGCGCAAGGGUGAGGAAAAUCAAUUUUACAUUAUGAUCUUCCCACCUACCUCAGCCGCCGCUGUCACCGUUACAGAUCUUCCCAACAAAAAAUCGAAAAAGACUACUGUCACAGCUGAAAAGCCACCGUCUGCCGCUCCAAAGUCGAUUCUGAAAAAGAAAGAGGAGACCAAUGGCGUUGCCAAAUCAACCACCGCCAAUGAGCCGACACGCAAGAUCAAGCCACGCAAGCGUGCGAGCGACUUUUUGAGCGAUGAUGAUGAUGAAAGCAACAAGUCAGCAGACGAGGAAGAGGACAAGUCGGUAGUCUCCAAAAAUAGCAGCGGAAGGAAAGACAAGAAGGAAGCUUCCUCAAAGCCGCAAAAGGCCAAGGUCGAGGCUGAGGAGAAAACCGAUAAUGAUGAAGUAUCCGAAGAAGAUGAUGAUCUUGAUGACCAGACCGCCGAGCUCAUCAAAGGAUUUGAGAGUAGUGGUGAUGAGGAUGCAUCUGAAGACGAGGGAUUCGAUGCCGACAAAGCUGUGCCUCGAAUUCCAGACUCAAAGAAGGCCAAACGAAAGAUUCAGAAAAAGCUUAAGGAGAAUACCCAAACCGACGAGCCUGGAACGGUAUACGUUGGACGCAUCCCACACGGUUUCUACGAACAUCAAAUGAGGGACUACUUUUCUCAAUUCGGCGACAUCACGCGUCUGCGUCUCUCCCGCAAUCGUGUUACGGGACGCUCCAAACACUACGCAUUUAUUGAAUUUGCCUCUUCAGUGGUGGCCAAGAUCGUCGCUGAGACCAUGAACAACUAUUUGAUGUACGGCCACAUUCUGAAAUGCAAGUUCGUGCCCCAGGAGCAACAGCAUGCGGAGCUCUGGAAAGGGUCAAAUCGUCGAUACAAGCGUGUUCCCUGGAAUCGAAUUGAGAAGCAGCGCUUGGAUCGGGGCAAGACGCGGGACAAAUGGGCCAAGAGCAUUGAGCAAGAAAAUGGUCGGCGGUUGGCCAAGGCCGCGAAAUUGAAGGAGUUGAUGGGUUAUGAGUACGAUGUUCCGGGUUUGAAGGCAAUUGAUGCAGUGCCCGUUCAAGAGAAACUGCCGGCUCCAGAGGCUGCAGCUGAGAUUGAGGCUGGCGAGAAGGAAUCACCUGCAAAGGAUUCUACGGAUGUCGUUGUCGCAAAUGGUGAUGACAAGGAGGCCGAUAAAGAAGCCGAAAAGGCUGUUGCUGAUGAGCAAACACCCAAGAAGAAGAAAGCCAAGAAGUCCAAGAAAGAGAAGGGAUCAGAGACACCUGAUAUCAAGACAACUCCGGCCAAAGUAGCCGAGCCGGAGCAAGCCACGCCUUCAACCACGCCCGAGUCCUCGACCAAGAAGGCAAAGGCGAAGAAGGCGAAGAAGUUUGCAGGCAAGGCUUAA